CAACACUCCAGCUUCAGAACCUCUCGUGACGGCAUGGCAAGUGGUUCUCUACACCUCUCUUCCGACACCCCACCUUCCCAGCAGCAUGGACUAUUACGGUUUUCGCGGUAACACUGCGAGUUUCUCUCUGUGGUGAUAGUGCCGGUGGAGGCCACUGUGACUCGGUUAAGGGGGUCGCGUCGAGUUAUUGGAAGCGAGUUUAGGUGCUAAGAAGAUCGUUGGGGUUUAAAUGCCAUAAGAGAAGUGGAUGGUUGCCAACGAGCAGAUUGGACCAAAACUUGUUCCAUACCCCUACUGUGUACCACUUGCCAUGUGCCAUAGCCAUGUACUGCUGACCUGCCCAGUGUGAACCACGUCCUCGAGCCACAUCGUUCGUUUUCCGACGCUUUGAAGUGCAAGAAGUCAGGUUAUGAGAGGUGAAGGUAGCCUUGAAUACUCGUCCCAACCCACACACUAAGUGCCUUUUUUAAAACUCCAGCCAGAUACUGUAGACAGGUGUCGCUAACAAAAGUGUGUGCUUGUUCCCCGGUGCAUCGUUGUAGUUACUGUGAGAGAGGAUAAGGAAAGUGUGUGUGGAAAAUAUAAAGGGUUAGUGGGACAGAUGUUAGUGUGUAGACAGUUUCUGUUGGAUUUUUAUUGUCAAGGUGCUAACUGCUCCUACUCUAGUACCUUGACCUAAACUCUCUACGCUGACCAGUUACGCUAUUCUCAACAAAAACUUAAAAUUGUUGUAUGUAUAGUUGCAAAAUUUUGCUUGAACUCUUCUGCCCAUUACGCGGUUAUCAACUAAAUAUAACUUCAAAACCGUUAUGUAUGUAACUGGUUGCACAAUUUAACAUCCCGGUGAGGUAAAAAAAAAAAACCUGCAUUGGUAACGAGUGAAAGUGAAAAUUAUCCAAUAGCGUAGAGAUCCUCUCAUUGGAAGAGUCAGUGUGCAUAACCCGAAACGAGGGAACUUGAAAAAGCAGAACAGGUCGGGUUAUUAAGAGUGGUUUGGCAUUUAAGGAGCGGAGUUAUCCACUUGAUCUGUGUGAGGUGUGACUAAGACAGCAGGAGCAGCAGCAUCAGUACACCAUGAAGGCCGUGGGCGCGGGCGUGGUGCUCCUCGACACCCACAAAGGUUACCUCCAACUUACCCCAGAAGCCCUGGAAAAACUCAUCAGCCGGGAGCCAAUCUCUGACCACUAUGAGGUGGAACAGACGCCAUUUGCUAGGGGUAAGUUUGCAGCCGUGCGCCGUGCUCGGUGCCUACGUACUGGCACUUGGUUUGCUGCUAAAGUUAUGCGCAAACGUAGGAGAGCCCAGGACGUGAGGCACGAAAUUCUGCACGAGGCUGCUGUCUUGCUCCUGGCCAGAUCCUCCUCCAGGAUUGUCUCGCUCCACCAACUCUAUGAGACUGCCUCGGAGAUUAUCCUCGUCUUAGAGCUGGCCGAGGGAGGUGAGUUGCAGAGGGUAAUAGAUGAAGAAGAAAAUCUGGACGAGGGGGUCGUCCUCCGCUACAUGAUCAACAUCCUUGGCGCUCUCCGCUUCCUACAUGCCAACAAUAUUGCCCACCUUGACCUUAAGCCCCAGAACCUCCUGCUGAUGGGACAACAUCCACAGAGUGAUGUUAAAUUGUGUGACUUUGGCAUUUCACGCAUCAUUCUGUCAGACAUAGAAGUUCGUGAGGUUCUUGGCACUCCUGAUUAUGUUGCACCAGAGAUCUUGCAGUACGAACCCAUUAGCCUGGCUACAGACAUGUGGUCUGUGGGUGUUCUGACGUACGUUUUACUCACCGGACAUUCACCCUUUGGUGGUGACACUAAGCAAGAAACGUUUCUUAAUAUAUCUCAAGGUCAGAUUGAUUUCCCGAAGGACCUUUUCUGUAAUGUCUCAGAUCAGGCAAUUGACUUCAUCACACGGCUGCUGAUUGUCAAUCCCAGCUGUCGUCUGACUGUGGACGAAGCUAUGCAACACCAGUGGCUAAAAGGAACGUAUACAUCCCGUCCUUUCUUCAGUCCCCCAUCUGCAGUAACCCACCGCUCCAGCAGAGAGAUCCGUUUACAUCCUCCUUCUUCACCCACAGUGACAUCACCACGCCGAAGUAAGGAAUUGGAUGCACACACUACUAGCCCCCAAAAAAUAGCUUUUUUUCACUGUAGUAGUAGUAGUAGUGGUAGCAGUAAGGAAAGCACUUCACACACUGUCAUGGUGUCUGCCACAGUAUCUCCAGGUAGUACAAGUGCCAGCUGCAGUAAAGAUGUUUCAACACAGUCCAGCAGUCCCAGUGUGUCUUCUAUUCGCUUUAUUAGAGAAUCUGAUUUAUAUGCACCUAGUACUUCCUCCAUGCACUUAGCUAGAGAUGUAGAUGGUGGUAGUUGUGGAAGCUCCUCACAUCAUGGGAGAGACAGUGUCAGUCCAUGGAAAAAGUCUGAAUUUUUAAACAAAGAAAAUAAUAAGAACACCCUAAACAAAACAGAAGAGUCCAUCACAUCAGGACAUAGCAAAGAGCUAGUCACCCUUGACUCUCCAGGAAAGUCUAGAUGUAGAUUACCUCACACAGAAAAAAGCAAACUAGUUAGAGAGACAGAGUUAGCUAAGAAAAUAGCUAGCAGUAAGGAAGGCAAAGAAAAUAAGGAGAAUGGAAAAGAAAUCAAAGAUAGUAGUAAGGAAAAAUUGAAACCUUCACCACUCUGCCUCAGACGACAGGGUUCAAAAUGUGAGUUGAAGUCUCCAACAGAGCAACAGAAGUAUGGGUCUGUACAAGGUUCUGUUAGUAUAAUAUUAGAAAAAGUAUCAUUUGUUAACCCAGUGAGACAGUUGUAGUUGUUCAGGAAUUUUAUCUGCUAAACAUUAAUAUAUCCAUACUGUGCACUAGUGCUCAGUAAUAUGAAAUGCCAGUAUUUUUGGCUGGAUAAAGCUCUCCAUAUUUUGAUUACUAUCACAAUCAAAUGGUGCUAUUUUAACAAAGUUGCUCCUGAUAUUAACUAACUGCAGCAGUUAACAAAUGAGUAGCAUACCUUGUACAUUUUUUAUUGUUAAGUUGUAUUUGCAGGGCUUUUUGUAUUCAUUUCUUGUGUUAAGCAUUUGGUAUAAUUUGUAAUUAAGUCCGUGAUAUUCAUCAAGUAUUAUCAAGAGGAAACAUACAGUAUUAGCACAAAAUCUUGAUUGUAGUUCAUGAAGCACUAAACCUGUUUGUGUUCAAUGUAAGGAGUAGUGGAGGCUCACGUCUCCGUCUGCUAUUCACAGCCUCACUUCUGAUCAAUUGGGCUGUUACAAAUGCUGUUGCUGCUACAAGAUGCUGCCUUUUUUAUUCAUUUAUUUGAGGCAAAAUAAAUUCUUGGGCAGGCAGAUUGUUGUAUGUAACCUGUUUCAUAUUAACAAAAUGUAAUAUAGUUCUUCAGGAUAUUUAUUAUACAAUCAUUUUUGUGUGUCAAGAUUGUUGACAUUUUAAAAGUGUAACUUACUACAGAUUAUAUAAAUGUUUUAGAAUAAUGUAAUCAAAAUAUUUAUGAAUUUGUCAUCAUAGUCUUCAAGGUCAUCCAUUGACAUUGCAUCAAGUGUAAAAUGCUAUGAUUUAGUAGAAACAUUAUUGAAAGUGAUUAACGUUAGAUAAAGGACAAGGUGCUGUUGAAAUAAAUUUCUCAUUAUCUAGGAUUUUAAAAAUGAUGUUGAAGUAAGUUUCCCACAAUAUACUAGAACUUAAAAAUGGUGUCAAAGUUUCAUUCUGAUGGAAGUAAAUGUGUGAAUUGUAAAAAUGUAAUAAGAUUUAUGGCACAAUCUCCCAAAUGUGAAGCAAUUACUAUGGUUACCGAACCAAUGAUCAGUUAUUUGCAGUAUUUACCUUUUAAUACAAUAGUGCAUUUUUUUUUAAUGCACCGGCCGUCUCCCACCAAGGCAGGGUGAUUGAAAAAGAAAAAUGAAAGAUUUUCUUUUUGCACUUAGUAAUUUAUACAGGAGAAGGGGUUACUGUCCCCCUACUCCUGGCAUUAAUAGUGUAAUUAUAGAGAUAAUUUGGCUUUUGAGUAGUAUUUGAUUAACUUUUUAUACACUUUUUUUUUUUUCGUAUUCAUAGCAGCUUGACAUAUGCAGAAUAUUGUCAUUUGAAUUGUAAGCCAUUUUGCGAGCAUAUUUUACAAGAACAGAGGCUAAACUUCAACCAGUAAUACUUGGAAAAAUUACCUUAGGAAUUCUGCACAUAGAUUUGCAAGUCACUUGGAUGAAUUGUGUGCCACUGCCAAUGAAACACGAGGAAAGAAGAAAAAAGCAUGCAGACUGUUUAUAGAAAAGACUGAUUACAAUAUUAAAUGGCAAUUUUUUGAUUAAGAGAAGAUUGCCACAUAUAAAAUAGAUGGGUGGUGCUAUAAUGUGUGUAUGUGGCGAAAGAAGCAAACUUUUCAAGAGGGAGAAAUAAUAUAAUAGCUUUUAUGCACUGUUUGCAUCGUAAUGAACGUCAGUCACCGUUAGACUUGUACCUACGCUGAAGUAUGUGGUAAGCACUUUAUUUCUUAUAGCAACCACCAGUGGCACUCUAAGAAAGCAGGCAAGAUAGCAGUGCUCUUUAGUGAAGAUUUUCUCAAAAUGUUCAGUCACAGAAAGCAGAAAUUUAUAGCUGUGUGCCUAGUACAGAUAAUCACCCACUUGAUGACAAUGCUGAGGAAGCAUUUAAAAAUUGCAGUGCUAACUGUUGCCAUUUAUAACAGUAUAAAGGUAUAUAAUUGUAAAUAUUUUUUAUUUGGAUAAAGGAGCCCCACUACCCCAGAAAAUUAAAAAGAAUACUGUACUGACUUUCUAUUUUUUAAAACGCAUUUUUAAUUUAAAAUGAUAUUUGAUAUUCAGAAAAUUAAAAAUUAAAAGAAAAACUUAGAAUUCCUGUUUAGAAAAACUCUAAUUUGGAUUUUUUGAUAUAUGAUGCUUUCUAAAAGUUUGAAUUGGAAAUUAUCUUAAAUUUUUUAUUCUAAGUAAACACUCAAGUUCCAUAUUUAUUUUUAAGAAAUCUUUCUAAUUCAUUUUUUUUUUAAAUAGGAGAGGGGUAUCCAAUUUGCAUUAUCUUUCAUAAAAUUUUGUAUAAUUCAAGCACUAGUGCAUAUUAUUCUAAACAAGAGAUUACUGUGUACACUGUAAUUAGGUUUUGGGUAAAUUGUUACUUGUCUGAUUUAGGGUAAGAUUGUAAGAUACUUCAUUAUCUUUCUAUCGGGUUGAUUUUGCCUAAUAGUUAUGGCAAAUGAUUAUUAAAGAAUCGUGUAUGGUAAUCCUGUUCGUCACAGUCACUGAUAUUGUGCAAAGGCUGCAGAAGAUUUAGGAAGACAAUAAUAUUAUAUUAAUGUUUUUCAUGAGGUACAGUGACACAUCCAUGACCAGUUUCCAAGUUGGUUUUACCCUUGCAAGUCUCGUGCUGGGCUAUAAGAGUGGAAGAGUCACUGUAACCAAUCACAGGUAUAUACCACACCUCAUGCCAUACAAUAAUAUAGCAUACCUCACGGCAUACAAUAAUAUAGCAUACCUCACGGUAGAAAAUAAUACAGUAUACCAUACCUCACAGCAUGCAAUAAUAUACCAUACCUCAUACUAAGGAUUUGGUGUCCCCCUGAGGCUAAAUACCCUUAAGGUUUUAUCUCUAGUAGUAAUGCAAAGUACACAGAUAAAGAAAAAUGUCUCAGUAAUGUGGUUGGAACAGUUCAGAAGUAACCCACAUUUAGAGAGGAAACUUUAGAAAAGAUAUUUUGGCAUAUCCUGGACCAUUAUCAAGGCACAACCUUAGCUUUAUUUUUUUAUCGGAUUCAAUAGACACAACUUUUUCUUUCAUAUGACCGAUAUGAAUAACACCAUGUUUUAAACAUGCAUUAGAAUUAUAUUAAAUACAUUUGAUAGUGCCAGUUGAUACAGGGAAUCUUGUCAUAAGCUGCAACAAUUUGUAUGGAUUUUACCAGGACUAAAUUUACUAAAUGGACUAACUCCACUUCUUAGCCACUGCCUUUACAUCAUUCCACAUUACUUUACAUGGGUACUUAAAUUUUUCAAGCAUACAGUUUUAUUUAUAUUUUGCUGAGCUUCCUCAUUAAUGAUACUGUCGACUGUCUUUCUCUCUCUAUUUUUUUUAAGUGUAUAUUGCCUUUGCACUUUUGGAAGGACAACUAGGAAAUGAGUUAUGGCAAAUGUGUUUUCUCCUUUUAGUCGCCCUACCUUGGUGGCAAGCAGCAAAUGUGUUGAAGGACUUCUUUUUCACAUCCUGUAAAUUAUCGCUGAAGAAAAGGCUCGGCAGAUCUUAUCAGUUGUGGCUAUUAGCUUUUUAUAUAAAUGCAGUACUAAGCCUUGUAUUUGACGCGUAACGAACACAUAUAAGCAUUUAUUUUGUGAGGAAUGGUAAUCAAAAUUGAUAGGUAAUGUGAAGAAUUGAAAAUUUAAACUGUGUGUAGAUAAAAUAUAAAAGAAUUGUGAAGCAGGCAGGUGGAAAGGAUUUCAUAUUAUCACACCAAAUGCUUAUUUAAAUUAAAUGUGCAAUAGGUACUCUUCAGUUUUUAUUAGUGUAGUCUGUUAUUAUUUUGUGACUGAAAGGUUUCAUAAAUGUUAAUUUCAUUGAAAGGUUUCAUAAAUGUUAAUUUCAUUGAAAGGUUUCAUAAAUGUUAAUUUCAUUGAAAGGUUUCAUAAAUGUUAAUUUCAUUGAAAGGUUUCAUAAAUGUUAAUUUCAUUGAAAGGUUUCAUAAAUGUUAAUUUCAUUGACUGCUGAUAAGUUAACUCUUUAUUGAUUUUUAGGUAUUUAUCUAGUAUAAAUUAAGCCAAGGGAUCUUUGUUAUAUGCAUUAAUGCAUAAAGGUACCUUGGUCAAGGUACAUCCUAUUUCCUGAUUAAUAAAAUCACCAUUGUUAUUGUAAGCCUAAAUGUAGGUUUUGUCUUUAAAAAGAGUACCUUUGUCAUGGUAUAUGUUGCUUUCCUCAUGAAUAAUUGUCCGACUUGUAAGUAGCUUUUUCUUAACCAAAUAAGUCACUGAUAAGUAUCUCUUACUUUAUAGAGGUUAAACAAGCACAAGUAUCUCCAUCUGGUUAUAUAUAUGUCUGAAGUGCAUGAUUAUAUACUAUCAAUCAGUCUUUAUAUUGUAUAUUUUGUAUAUAUUAUCUACUUAUAUAAACAUUUACAUACCUAAA